CAAAAACAAACCAAAUAGCAGCAGCAACAACUACAAUCACAGCGUUGACAGCAGCAGCAACAACGCAUGCGCAACAGUUGGUGCCUUUGCGGUCUUCUUCAUUGCCGUCUUCUUCUUCUUGCGCCUGGGAUAUAAAGCAGUUAAAUCAGUCCCGCAGCUAAAGGCAGCUUGUGCGUGAGCGAGAGUGCGAGAGAGAGGGACACACAUACGCACACGCAUCCUGUGCAAGGAUUGUCAUCCACACUGCAGAGCAAAAAACUGUUGGUGUUGCAGUUGGUAUUCCUGUUGUCAUUUGACAUUUAUGUCGCCCGCCUUUGGGUUUCGAUUGCAGAGAUAAGCGGCACUAGGAUCGUGGGAUUGGUAACGCUGCAACAGUGGAGCUGGAGGAUUGCCGCCAUGGCAUCGUCGUCGAGAGGCAUGCGGCCGGCAAAUGGCUGCUGGAUGCUGUUGCUGGCGCAUGGCUUACUGGCGCUGACCGCGCUGCACAUGCACAGCCUAAUUCCGGUCGGGGUUGAGGCGCUGCCAAUUACCUCGCGGCCCAUCGAGGGCAAUGCACAGAAGGAUGCGUGGGAGGCGUGGCUGCGCCUGCCGUUCGAACAGAAAUCGCUCGAGAAGCAGAAGAAGGUAAUGCCCAAGUCCAUAUUCGCUCUGCCCUUCCGUCACUGUCCGCCGGGGCAUAAGCUGUACAACGAGCGCUGCAUAUCGCAGACCAACAUUGAUCCCACCGAUUUGGUGGCACAGGAGCUGCAGGAGCAGCUGGGCGACGGCAGUGGCCCGACUGCAUUCACCGACUACGACUACAGCGACAAUGAAAGCGAUGAGCUGAUCUACGAGUUGCCAUUGGGGCCGCUCAUACAGUUGCCCACGUUGCCCACGAGUGCGACGGGUGCCGAGGAUCAGGCGCUGCCCAGCGAGGAUGCGCCACUCAAGUUCAAUAUAUUCGAAAAGAAGUUUCCCACGGCAUCAGAGCCCGAUGUUGCCAAUGCAACGACGGCAACAUCGCCAUCGAUUGCAAUGCAAACGGCAACGGCAACGGCAACGGCAACGGCAACGGCAACGGCAACGGCGACGGCAACAACCACGCCAACACCCACAAUUGCAACGAUGCGCGAAAACGCCCUCAAGGCGCAGCAGCAGCCGAAUAAUCGCAUUGCUGAGAGCGCACAAGAUCUGCAGGCUGAUUCGAGCAAUGCUCUGCCAAGCACAACAAGCCUCAGCACAUCGAGCAGCAGCGGCAGCAGCAUUGGCUCCUUCAGUGACAUUGGCCACAUCGAUGCCAUUGUCGUGCCAGCGGGCGCGUCGCUGGGCGCGGAGCCCACGGUUCAGUUGGUGACAAGUUCGAUGCGCGCUGAGCCCGAAGCAAAUGCCGAUUCGAAGCCCAAUGCGGAUGCAGUGCCCAAUGCGGGGGCGAAGUUGCAGUCAGAUGCAGCGACCGCUGCCGCUGCCGAUUCCGAUGCCGAUGCCGAUGCUGUGGCUGUGGCCGAGACUGAGACUGACGCAGAGAUCGAAACGGACUUGGAGCAGUUGCUCAAGGUCGACGCCUUUCUGCCGGCCUAUGGCAGCAGCGUGGAUAUGAUGCCGCCGUUCAGUCAUCGUCGCGUCUCGCCGCUGCUCAGCGCCGACCUGGACGCUGACGAUUCAGCUACGGAUAUUGUGCCUACGACAGCGGAGCGCGACGCUGAUACAACAACAGCAACAUCAGCAACUGCCUCGUUGGCUACGCCCACAACACCAACAUUGUCAGCAACCCGGGCACAAGUUACAAGCAAAGAACAAGAGCUAGAUGUGCCUGUGUUGAAAAAAUCGAAAGUGCAACCGGUUCAGUUAAGCUCGAGCACAACAACGACAGCAGCAACAACGACAACAACAACAGCAGCUACAGCUGCAACAGCAACAACAGCAGCAGAAUCAUCAUCAUCAUCGGCAGCAGCAGCAGUGACAACAACAACAGCUGCAACAGUCGCUACUGAAACCGAAGUUGCUGCCAUACAUCAAGAUGCCAAUGGCAAUGCUCGAGAUGAUGACCGGUUUUAUUAUCAGCAUUUUAACAGAAAUGUUGCUGCCAGUGGCAGCAGCAGCAGCAGCAGCAGCGGCGGCAGCAGCAGCAGCGGCAGCAAUGCUGACGGCGACUUGGAUGUGCUGAACGAUAUGGCAUCCAGUGACAAUUUAAUGACAAAUACAAUCGGUGGCCAGGGUGACAGUGAGAGGGCGGCAAGUGAAAUUAAUUUUGAACAAGAAUUGCGCAUUAUAAACGAACUGGUUAAGGACAAGCGACGAUUAUCGCAGCUGCGACAACAGCAACAUGAGCAGCAGUCAACGACAACGACAACAGCAGCAACGAUCAUUGAAAGCAGCUCGGAUGCGUCUAGCACUCCGACAGCAGAAACAACAAAGCUUUGGUCUAGCCUCAUGCCAAUGAUGGGCCAGACGUCUACAGAAGCAACAACAACGCCGGCAACAGCAGAAACAGCGACAACAGCAGCAGCAAAAGCAACAACAGGUAAUGUUGUUGCUGAUAGCUCAAUAGCAACAACAGCAACAGCAGCAACAGCAACAGUUGCUGACACCACAAGAAGCACACAACAAUUAAGUAUUAAUACAAAUCGUAGCAAUAGAAAUAGUAAAAUAAUUAGAGUAGACAGUCCAGGCGUGAGUCCACAGCCAAUAUCAACAACAGCAGCAACAACAGCCACAGCUGCAACAGUUGCAACAACAGCAACAUCAGCAACACCGAAUGAUGACAAUUAUGCGCCUUUCUGGUGGUUGCCGAACAUAGGCUGGCGCGUCGACCGCCAGGUGGAUGAGAAAGGCGAGGAUCGUUCUCUAUUGCUGCGUAUCUUCAGGACAUUUCGUGCCAGCGAUAGCAGCACAGCAGCCACAAUAACGUCGCGUCGCUAAUGUGGAUCAGUUUCCCUGGCGCUUUUUCAAUGCCUGCGCGCUGCUCUUAGCAUCUCUCGCCGAUGUGGAGAGUCGCUGGAGUCCGCUGGUCGGUUGGAAUUGCUGCCGUGUCGUCUGACGGCGCCGCUGGCAACAACGUUUCAAUUGUGUGUUGAAGUCUCUGCUUGUCCAGUUGCAACAGCGUCUAACUACCCUAUCCACACAUACACUACUUAGCUCUCAGUCUAUAAAUAUUUAAUAAUU